AUGGUGAUUUAUACCAUCCUCGCCGAUUUGAAAGUCAGAUGCUGCUCCAAUACCACCGAGAUUCACUUUCUGAGGUUUUGGGAGGCUAGGAAUGUGAGGAAAGCCGGUGAGCUCAUGAGUCUAGACAUGCUCCUCAUCGACGAGAAUGUAAACAUCUCCUUUCCGAUUAAUACUGUUGACGAUUGA